AUGGCCCCGACCGCGUCGAUGCUCUUCCUGAGCUACCACCAGCUGCACAGGCCCGCGGUCGCGGCGCCGGCGCCGCCCAGCCGCGUCAAGGAGGAGGUGGAGAGCAAUGGCGCUGCGGCCGCCGGCGGUCGCGUCCGGGUCAGCCUGAGCAGCGCGCUGUCCCUCCUCGCGCGGCGGUCGACGGAGGCGAAGACGCCGGAAGCGGCGCGGAAGACGGGAGAGGCCAGGCGAGGCGUCGGCGAGGGCGACGCAGAGGCGGCCACGCUGGAGAGCAGGUUCGAGGAGGCGCUCCGGCUCAGCUGCUGGUCCUCGUGAAGAUCCAAAUGCAAAUCCAAUUAGCUCUAGCACUUUGCAUAUAUACUCAUGUAGAUAAUCACACCUGGUAGUGCUGCCGCUGCUGCUGCUAAUGUGCUAGUACGUACUACGAACCCUGUAUUGUUGCUCUGUUCAUGUACAUGCUGCAUCGA